GUUUGUGCGACACAGCUGAUCAUUUGUUUUGGACAUGGAAUCAUUCGGUUUCCGGUUUGACUGUAUCUACCCAGUUCACUUGGCAGCUUGACUUUGUGUUGGCCUCACUUCACUAAGGUGUUAAGCACGUCUGAGUGUUCAGCUAGCUAACGAUAGCGUUAGCACAGCAGCUCCAGGGAUGGCGGAGGCUCCUGGGACAUCAAGUGAGACGAUAACGGAGACUGUUCAAAAUAGCACACCGCCUCCGCCCCAGCAGGAGGGAAGAAGCCUGACAAUCAAGCUGAGGAAGAGGAAGACUGAGAAGAAGGUGGAGUGGUCCAGUGACACUGUUGACAACGAGCACCUGGGAAGAAGGUCUUCAAAAUGCUGCUGUAUCUAUGAGAAGCCCCGACAGUUUGGAGAGUCGUCCUCUGAAAGCGAGGGGGAUGAUGAUGAAGAAGGGUGUGGCAGCGCUCACUGUAUCCUGGGGCAUGGAAGGAGAGACAAUGGACAGAGAGGGUCUGGGGGUACCACAGUGCCCCCAAACACUGGAGGGUCUCAUACCCACUAAUGAGCUAUGUAGGCUGAUUGUGGGAUUUUGAGUGGUUUCUCACCACAGCAUUGCCGUAUUAUAAAACUGCACUCUUAUUUUGAGUUACAUCACUGAGGUACAGGCAGGCCUGAUGCUGCGUUCUAGUCAUGAGUCAGAAUCUGUACUGUUGCUCUGAGAAACACAGAGUAACACAUCUGGCAGAUAAAAGAAAAAACCAGGAAUCAACAUAUGGAGACAUUUCAACAAAUAAACGCAUGCUCAGUACUGUGCCAAUUAACAUGAAUGAAUGAUAUAUACAAGCUGAAACUUCUCUUAUCUAAAGCUUUUAUCACAAAGGAGACAUGAUGUGAAAAUAAUAGGUUCGAAAGGACUGUACCAGUGUUUAUGCUUGUUUUAGCCCUUUUUCUACACAGCGCACAAUAUGAGAGGUUUUUCAAAAGCAUGAUAUAGGGUGAUACAAUUCGAAAAAUGCUAUAAACGGUGAUAAGUUGUCCAUUACAGUGAACAUCAUCUUGGCUUUUGUUUUUCCUCAGUUUUUAGAAAGUUAAUUGUUGAUUUUUCACAUCAACAUCUUCAAUCUAUGGAAUAUUUUCUCAUUUAAUGGAGUUGUCAUGAAACUUUGAAUAACAGAGAAAAAUUACUCCAUGGCCAGACCUAGGGUAAUAAAGAUAAUUUGACCAGUAGUCUAAAAGACAAAAAACACUCAAACAUAUAGACUAUUACAUUCAACAAGUAAGUCAUUAGAGAAUAAUGCUAAAAAGUUAUUAAAUAUGAAAAAUAAAAUGAAAGACUGCAGCAUGCCAAGGAAAAUGUUCUGCAGCGCAGCAGCAUGAUAUAACACUGAGUUGUCAUAAAUUAGUUCAAACAAAAAAACAUGCUUUUAUGGUGUUUAGUGAUGUCACCAUGUCAAACAAACUGCAAACAAAUGGAUCAGUGGUUUAAAUUAACAUUUCUGUUCCCCUUUCAACAGUGAAAACAUAAUUGAUGUCAGGCCAACUAUUAGUGUUUAAUGUACAAUUGUGAUGGCAAGCAGUGGUGAUGGUAGAACUUCAGUAAUACCAGUACACUAACCCUUCUAGUUCAAAUCACAUGGAUGUACAUUACAUACCUUUGGAUCAUUUUCAAGAAUGUAAGCUGCAGGUGUCUGACAGUAUAAAAAAAAAAAAACUGUAGAGUGCUUUGGAAAAUGUUCAUCAGCUGCGAUUUUUCAUGAAAGAGCUAAAACAAACGUCAGUGUCUUUAACCCUUUGCUUUGAACUCACUCCGUCACGUUGCACUUUCUCCAGCAGCAGAUUGGACGUGAUGACUCUGAGGCGUCUCUGAAUCAGCACACAGUUUGGAGAGUGGGAGAGGGAUAGAUGCAGUAUGCCUGUGUAUUUAGCUCAUGACAAAGUGGCAGAGUUAAUUGUAUAUAAUUCAGGUAAUCACUUUUUAUUUUUUAUUUAUUUGCUGGUCAUAAUUCUAUACUUACUAAUGCCCGAGAUGCAAUCAACCACAUUCUGUAGUAACAUUGCAUUUAUACUCCAUGAUGUGUGGAUUAAAAAGUGGACACCCACAGAGAUCCCA